AUGAGUUGGUGCAGCGGCGGGUCAGGCUGUUGGCCAUGCUUUCCCGCCUUCCCUCCGUUCCUGUUAGCGCUGGUUUCCGCGAUAUCCGCGGCGCCCACAGUGCCUCGCACGGUAGAGGAGGUGCUUCGACCUGCCGAUGUAGACUGUUCAAAUUCUCCGGAAUGGGAGACGUUCCGCAUUGCGGCUGCUGCACAUAGCAGGAAUGGCUGGAAUGUCGAGGCAAACGACGCCAAAGAGCUGGAGGUGAUGUCACGAAGGCUCGUGGACAAGUGGCGAUGGGUCGUUUGCAAGGAGGACUGUCAAACCACCCAGCACCUGGCUUGGGUGUUUGUUGAGGACUGGGGAGCACGGUGCAAAUCGAGCGCCAACUUCGAUCGCUACCUCAUUACGCACUAUUUCAGGAAUCGCCGCCUGGAGUUUGUGCAACGUGAACCGUUUGGCUAUUGCCACUUUGGGUUCAUCACGGCUCUGGUGGUCGCGGCGCAGUUUGAGUUCCCGCAUUCCGUGGCACAGGCUGGUCGCAUGCUCUUUCUCGCGUAUAUCCUGCUUGGUGACUUCUUUGCUUUUGACUGGUUGAAGUCUUCCAGCUGGCCUGUGGACUCCCUGAUGGUCAUGCUGAAUGUGCACAUUGUGUCGCAGCGGCUUCUCGUGGGUCCUGACCUGGAGCAGAUUCGUGCGGCAGGUCGGCGUCCAGGUUUGGAGGGGCCGGGUUUUCUUCGCUUUCACAGUCGAUGGCAGGGAACGUCAGAGGAUGGCAAGCAAACAUCUCGCGAAGCCUGCGCGGGGUCUGAUGUCCUUCCCGAGCUGCGUAUCUGGCAGUACGACGCCCACACAGCGCUUGCUGGGGAGGCCAAGACGAUGCUGACCAGAUUCGGAGAUGCAAUGCAAGUUCGUGUGAGCUUCCUCGGAAACUCCUUUCCCGGCAACGUUUGUCGAAACUAUGGCUUGUGUGCACAGCCUGAAGACAAGGAGCUUUUGGAGGGACUUCUGAAGCGCUACUACAAGGACAAGCAGGCCUUUGCCACUGUGGCAGCUGCUUUUGAGGAAGCUCUUCGCUUCAGGCUGUCGCGCGAGGCGGAUGUGCUCAUGUGCUCGCAACCGCUGAGUUGGUGUCGCUUCCUGUUGGGCAUGCAAAAGCCGAUGCUGCUGUAUGCUGGGCUACCGGUUAUGUGGGACUUGCCUGAAGCCGAUCGUGAUGGCUGGGCGGCAGACUUUUCAGACAUCUUGAGGAGUCAGAAGCAUGUGGUGAUUGCGAACAGUGUCUUUGUUGCGCGGGAGGUGCAAUGGCAGUUUGGCAUGCGCGUGCCGACGCUGCGACCACUUGGCCUUCACACAAAUGCGAUGCACGUGCCGGUUCGCAAUUCCUCUGUUCUGGUGAGUCGAUUUGGAACGAGCGGAGGGCUCUCCGAGUGCUUGCUCGAGAAGUUUGCAAUCGCCAACAGGCACUGGUUCCCCUUGGAAUUUGUGCAGAUGGAGUCGCUUCUGUUUCAAGAGCAUCUUGCCUCCACUGGAGAUGAUGAACUGGAAGACGCGAAGACGUGGGAGGAGCACACCGGAGAGAUCAAGGUACCUCACAUGCCAUACAACAAGUUGGCCUCUCACCGUGCCGUGGUGUGCAUGCCUUACGACACCAGCAUCUUCCUGUUCAACGAGUUCUACUCGGCCAACAUGCCUGUGUUCGUACCCGGGGACCUGUGGCGGUGGCUGAUAGGCCCAGUCACCUCACCGAUGAUGGAGUACCGCCACUGGACGGCUGAAGAGGCCACCGAGGGCGUUGGGCCGGUUCCCACCAGCUCGCCCUUCUACGCCUCUGUCCACCAACCCAUGGGUGUGGAGCAAGCGCUGGAAUGGUCAAUGUACAGCGAUUGGGCGAUGCUGCCGCACGUGCUCUACUUCGAAGGGAUACCGGACUUGUUCCUGAAGCUGAUGGACACGACAUCCCUGCACCAGACCUCAAUCAGGAUGAAGGUUUUCAACGACGAGGAGUUGAUUUUGGCAGUGGAGAACUGGAAGAAGCUGGUCCGCAGGCUGAUUUACGCUGUGGGCGAUGCCACCUGA